AUGGUCAUAACCACUGAUCCUGGAGGGACUGGUCUAUCCGAAUGGGCCAUCAGAGGCAUCGCCGAUGGAGACAUUGAAAACGCGAUACCCGUGGACAGAACCUACUUUUUAUGUGGAAGUCUCGUCGGAAAUAAUGCCGCCCCCCCCGAGUACUUCAAAUACGCGCAUCCUUACACCGAACUGUCAAAAACUCCGCCUUUUCAACCCGCAGACAUCGUAAAUUGUGUUGGAGUCAUUGGUUUUGGUAAGGUCAUUUCUUGCGAAGAAGAUUUGAGUGAAACAAACCGUAUUAGAUUUCAACUAUUGGUAGAGCAUCAAGAUUUCAGCUUAUGUGGCGAGGCGAUUCAAACUUUCCAUGUCAGAUACCGGGGUUUAAGAGACAAUCUUGAUUUCGAAGCUGUUUCCUUAUGUGAGAAAGAUGCAGAAGUCUUUAUCAAAGGUUCAAUUACACACCGUGACGAGGUAUCCAACAUCUGGAUAGUGGACGUAUUAAGUACGACAUGA